AUGGUUAAACUUGGAUUUGAUCAGAUAUGGAUUACAUGGAUCAUGGCAAUGGUUCGUUCAGUUUCAUAUUCGGUAUUGAUUAAUGGAAGUCCCUAUGGAGAUAUCACACCGAAACGAGGUUUACGUCAAGGUGACCCAAUCUCACCCUAUCUAUUUCUUUUUUGUGCGGAGAUGUUAACACAAAAGAUACAUCAAGCGGAGUCAAGAGGGGACAUUACCGGAUUGUCUAUCAGCAACCAUGGUCCAAGGGUAACACAUCUUCUCUUUGCGGAUGACUCAUUUUUCUUUUGUCAAGCCAAUUCACGGAAUAGUCGAGUUCUUGCUAGAAUCUUACACCAAUAUGGGCAAUUAUCCAGACAAUGUGUUAAUCUCAACAAAUCCUCCAUCACGUUUGGUUCAAAGGUUGAAGAGUCUAAAAAGGAUGCAGUCAAACGACAUAUCAACAUCACAAGAGUAGGUGGUUGUGGGAAAUAUCUGGGAUUGCCUGAAGAGUUCUCAAGAAGGAAGUGCCAGAUGUUUGAGUAUAUUGUCACCCGUGUUAAGGAAAGGACAAGGAAUUGGCAUACCAAAUAUUUAUCAGAAGCUGUUAAGGAAGUUCUGUUGAAGUCAGUGGCGUUUGCCAUGCCGUCCCACGCCAUGGGUUGUUUCAAACUCCCUUUGACUAUCUGUCAGGAGAUUGAUUCACUCUUUUCACAGUUCUGGUGGGGAUCAGAUGAAUCAAAAAGACGAAUCUCAUGGGUUAGUUGGAAACGGCUGAACCUCCCAAAGUCAGAAGGUGGAUUAGGCUUUCAUGAUAUUGAGAAGUUCAAUGAUGCGCUUUUGGCUAAACAAGUGUGGAAAAUUCUAAAUUCCCCAGAAUGUCUGCUUACAAAGAUACUUAAAAGCAGAUAUUUCCCUGCUACCGAUAUUAGGACUGCAACCCUGGGAAAGAAACCUUCACAUGGUUGA